GUCCUCAAUGUGAAUCAGAUUGCCUCAAGCAUUGCCUUUAUUCACAGUAUGGGAACCGAGGCUCUAGCCCUUCUCUAUGUAUUUUCAAUACCAAUGCAUUUUGUGGAUAAAAUAUGACCAUUUCUAACAGUUCUGGUUAAUUAUGUUACUGAAUGUCCAUCUCAUAUACCCACCAUUAUUUCCUUCUCAGCGAGCAAUUAAAACUUUCUUUGAAAUUCAUGUAAUUGCUCAACGCCUACACAAUCACAUUCAUAUUCAAUGGGGCUGUUUACUAAUACACCAGUGGCUUCUGGUCCAAUUUUACCUGAUCCCAGUUGGUGGAUGCAAAGAGAUUUUACAAGAAAAUAUCAUGCACAAGUUUUCCAACAGGAGCUGGCCUUUAGAGAGAGACUUGCUCAUAUGUAUGCUUCUCCAUCAAGCCAUGAGCUAUUGCAGCAGGAUUUUAGUAAGAGCUCAAACCAGAUAUUGCAGCAAGAGUAUAGUACGAAUCUGCAGUGGAAUAGUUCAAAGUCUCCUGAUUCAGUAUUGCCCAAGCAGCCAGGAUGGUCUUCAUUCUGUGAGGUCGACUCCAAAACAGAAGUUCUUGAGAAAUGCAAUUUCAUAGACAAGAAAGUGUUGAUGUCAAAAGAGCUGAAAGAAGGCUCAGAUAAUGGAAGGGAAGAGAAUUUAGAACAACAGAAAAUACAAACAGAGCAGCAGCAACAAGAGAGAGACAUUAGUGAUGAUCUUGAGAAACAAGAAAAAUCAAGGAAAAAUGAUAGUAUACCUUUCAAUGAAUGUCAAAUAUCAUUGAAAUCAAACCAAUUAACAACUGAGGAAUGUCUCACAUGCAAUAAGGUAUUCAAGUCUCAGAAAGAUUUUGAAUCACAUCUUGCUGAAAGAAAACAUGCCAAGCAGUUGUCGCAAAUAAUAUGUGUUCAAGCUUUAUCAGAAGUCAAAGAUGGUAGUAAGAAAUGUGAAAAUGCCGGUGAGAAGAAAUUGAUAAGUAUUGACUCUAGAUUACUGGUCAAGGAUAAUGUGGAGAAAAUAUUGGAAAAAGAACUUGAUGAGAAGGUUAAAUAUAAUGGGGAUUUGGUUGCUAAAGAGGACAAUGUUGGUAUGAAAGAAAAUGCAGAACUGAAUGAGCAACAACAGAUAAUGGUAGGUGCUAUGCCAUCCAAGCUAUGGUCAUCAAAUUAUGUUACAGGUGAUGAGCAGAAAUGUUCUGAAAAGCCUGUUUGGAAGGCCAGAGAUGAUAAGGAUUUGGGUCCUAAAAUUAAUGAGGUUGAUAUGAAAGAAAAUGCAGAGCUGAUUGAUCAACAUCAGAUGAAGGAAGGAAAUUCAAAGCAGCAGAAAGUGCAAAUUGAGCAGCAUCUGACAGAAGAUAGUUCAAAUCAGCAGAAUCCACAAAUAGAGCAGCAGAUGGUGGAAGGGGGAAUGCCCUCAUUGAAAUCAAACCAAUCAAGAACUGAGGAAUGUGUUGCAUGCAAUAAAGUAUUCAAGUCUCAGGAUGAUUUUAAAUCACAUCUUGCUGGAAAAAAACAUGCCAAGCAGUUGUUGGAAAGAGUAAAAUGCAUUAAAGCUCUAUCAGAAGUCAAAGGUGAUAGUAAGAAAUGUGAAAAUGCUGGUAAGGAGAUAUUGAUGAGUAUUGACUCUGGAUUACUGGUCAAGGAUAAUGUGGAGAAAAGAUCAGAAAAAGAACUCGUCGAGAAGGUUAGAUAUAAUGGGGAUUUGGUUGCUAAAGAGGACAAGGUUGGUAUGAAAGAAAUUGGAGAACUGAAUGAGCAACAACAGAUAAUGGUAGAUGCGAUGCCAUCCAAGCUGUGUAAAAGGUCAUCAAAUUUGAGCGAAUUAAGGAUUAAAAAUUGUAAGAUAUCUUAUGUUAAAGGUGAUGAGCAGAAAAAUUCUGAAAACAAACCUGUUUGGAAGGCCGAAGAUGAUAAGGAUUUUGGUGCAAAAAUUAACGAGGUUGAUAUGAAGGAAAAUGCAGAGCUGAUUGAUCAGCAUCAGAUGAAGGAAGGAAAUUCAAAGCAGCAGAAAGUGCAAAUUGAGCAGCAGAUGGCAGAAGGUAAUUCAAAGCAGCAGAGUCUACAAAUGGAGCAGCAGAUGACAGAAGGUAAUUCAAAGCAGCAGAGUCCACAAAUGAAGCAGCAGAUGACAGAAGGUAAUUCAAAGCAGCAGAGUCCACAAAUGAAGCAGCAGAUGACAGAAGGUAAUUCAAAGCAGCAGAGUCUACAAAUGGAGCAGCAGAUGAAAUCAAACAAAUCAAGAACUGAGGAAUGUGUUGCAUGCAAUAAAGUAUUCAGCUCUCAGGAAGAUUUUAAAUCACAUCUUGCUGGAAGAAAACAUGCCAAGCAGGUGCAAAGAAUAAAAUGCAUUAAAGUUCUUUCAGAAGUCAAAGAUGAUAGUAAGAAAUGUGAAAAUGCUGGUGAAAAGAUACUGAUAAAUAUUGACUCUGGAUUACCGGUCAAGGAUAAUAUGGAGAAAAGAUUGGAAAAAGAACUUGUUGGGAAGGUUAAAUAUAAUGGGGAUUUGGUCGCUAAAGAGGACAAGGUUGGCAUGCAGGAAAAUUCAGAACUGAAUGAGCAACAACAGAUAAUGGUAGGUGCUAUGCCAUCCAAGCUAUGUAAAAGCUCAUCAAAUUUGAGCGAAUUAAGUGUUAAAAAUUGUAAGAUAUCUUAUGUUAAAAGGGAUGAGCAGAAAAGCUCUGAAAAUAAACCUGUUUGGAAGGCCAAAGAUGACAAGGAUUUGGGUUCUAAAAUUAACGAGGUUGAUAUGAAGGAAAAUACAGAGCUGAUUGAUCAACAUCAGAUGAAGGAAGGAAAUUCAAAGCAGAAGAAAUUGCAAAUUGAGCAGCAGAUGAUAGAAGGUCAUUCAAAGCAGCAGAAUCCACAAAUGGAACAGCAGAUGAUGGAAGGGGAAACACCCUCAUUGAAAUCAAACCAAUUAAGAACUGAGGAAUGUGUCGCAUGCAAUAAAGUAUUCAACUCUCAGGAUGAUUUUAAAUCACAUCUUGCAGGAAAAAAACAUGCCAAGCAGUUGUUGCAAAGAACAACAUGUGUUAAAGCUCUAUCAGAAGUCAAAGAUGAUAGUAAGAAAUGUGAAAAUGCUGUUGAGAAGAUAUUGAUAAGUAUUGACUCUGAAUUACUGGUCAAGGAUAAUAUUGAGAAAAGAUUGGAAAAAGAACUUGCUGAGAAGGUUAGAUAUAAUGGGGAUUUGGUCAUUAAAGAGGACAAGGUUGGGAUGAAAGAAAAUGCAGAACUGAAUGAGCAACAACAGAUAAUGGCAGGUGCUAUACCAUCCAAUCUAUGUAAAAGAUCAUCAAAUUUGAGCGAAUUAAGUAUUGAAAAUUGUAAGUUAUCUUAUGUUAAAUGUGAUGAGCAGAAAAGUUCUGAAAACAAACCUGUUUGGAAGGCCAAAUAUGAUGAGGAUUUGGGUGCUAAAAUUAAUGAGGUUGAUAUGAAGGAAAAUGAAGAGCUGAUUGAUCGACAUCAGAUGAAGGAAGGAAUUUCAAAGCAGCAGAAAGUGCAAAUUGAGCAGCAGAUGAUAGAAGGUAAUUCAAAGCAGCAAAAACCACAAAUGGAUCAGCAGAUGUUGGGAGGGGGAACAACUUCCAAGGAAUAUGGAGAAUCAUUGAAUUCAAAUCCAUUAAAAAUUAAGGAAUGUGUGAUGUGUAAUAUAGCAUUACAAGUUCAGGAUGCGUUCGAAGUACAUCUUUCUGGAAGAAAACAUGCUAAGCAAUUGAAAAAAAUGGAAACAAAAGUUGUUCGGGAAGUUGCAGAUGACAGUGAUUUUGAUACUAAAAGUAACAAGGUUGGUAUAAAAGAAACUGAUGAACAUGAGCUAGAGCAGAUGAACACUAGGGGAGUGUCAUCCAAGGUGUGUAAAAUGCUGUCAAAUGCAAGCCAAGUAAGCAUUGAAGAAUGUAAGAUAUCUAGAGAAAAAGAUGAUGUCGACAUAAGUGAUAAAAACAAACUUGUUUGGAAGGUUAAAGAUGAUAGGAAUUUGGAUGCUAAAAGAAACAGGGUUGAUAUGAAGGAAAAUGCAGAGCUGAAUGAACAAUGUCUGCUCAAGGAAGGAAAUUCAGAGCAGCAGAAUUUUCAAUAUGAGCAGAAGAUGAACGAAGGAAAAUCAAAACAGCAGAAACUGCAAAUGGAGGAGCAGAUGAAAGAAGAAAAUUCGAAGACACAGAAAUUACAAAUGAAGCAACAGAUAAUGGAAAAUGGUUUACGGAAAAAGCAACAUGAACGUUUGACUUCAGAACAAUUAAAAGUUAAUGGAUACAUGAUGUGCAAUACAGCGUUAAACUUUCAGGGGGAUUCUGAAGCAGAACUUGCUAGAAGAAAACAUGCUAAGCAGUUGAAAAAAAUGGAAAACAAACUUGUUUGGAAGGUUACAGAUAAAAGGGACUUGUGUUCUAAAACUAACAAUUUUGUUAUGAAGGAAACAACAGUGCUGAGUGAGAAACAGCAUAUGAAGGGAAUGAAGGAAACAGCGGAGCUGAGUGAGAAACAGCAUAUGAAGGAAGGUUGUAUGUCUUCCAAGAUAUGUAAAAAUUUAUCAAAUGCAAGCCAAUUGAGCAUUAAUCAAUUUAAGAUACCUAUAACUAAAGAUAAGGUAGACAAAGGUGCCAUAAACCAACCUGUUAGGAAGGUGAAUCAGCAACAAUGGAUGAGGAAAACAAAUACAAAGCAACAGAAACUGCAAACAGAGCAGCAGUUACAAGAGAAACAUAAUUGACAAUCUUGAGAAAAGAAAAGCUAGAUGAAGGGAGGGUGUAUACUUUCCAUGGAACAUGAAAAAUCAUCCAAGUUUCAGAUAAGGGAUGUAUGAUAUGGAAAGUUUCAGAUAAAUAUUGAAUUAUAUCUUUCUGCUAAAAAACAUAUUAAGCAGCUGAAAAAUAUGGAAAGUAAAACUGUAUGUAAGCUUAAAGCUGACAGAGAUUUGGGUACUAAAAGUAGGAUGUUGACAUAAAGCAUAACACAGCUGAAUGAUGAUUGAUAUUUUCUUUUUAUAAAAGACAAGCAAGACACCUGCUCCAAUUUUGAUA